AUGACUGCUUCCACCACUCCCAAGGCUCUUACGCUCUCCUCCCUUGUGGCGACUUGCGCCGCUCUCGGUAUCAACGUCGCCUCUCCUCCACCCCCUGGUGAGGACAAAGGCAAGACCCCAGCCGCCGAACCUAGCAAGAACCGACCUGAGCUCCCCGCCGAGGUCAACUCCGAGACCCUCCGCACGAUCCUCGAGGCCCUCAGCAUCAGUGGCUACGACUUGAAGGACGAAGCCAGCGAGCUCGUCACCGCUCUCGAGAAGCGCGAGGCGGAGGAAGCAGCUGAUGCUGCCUGUGCCGAAGAACUCAUUGCCGAAGACCAAGCCGAACUGGAGGCUCAACGCCGUGCUGCGGAGACGGGGCCCAGCAACGGCGACGUCGCUGCUGGCAGCGCCUCAGGCAAGUCGGUUUACGCUCGCGACCUCAACCCCGACGCCCCUGCCUCAUUCCGUGGCUUUGUCUGCGCCCACUGCAGCGCUUACAACCUCCUGCGCGAUUCCAAGGACACCUGGUAUGUAGUCACCUCUGGUACUUCUCGCGGCAUCUACAAGGACUGGUUGACCGUCAAGCCCAUGGUCAUCGGUGUCCCCCACUCGUGCUACAAGAGGUACGAUACCCACGAGGAAGCUCUGGCGGCUUGGAACAUGGCCUGUGCCAAUGGCACCGUUGACGUCGGGGACCGCUCUGUUCGCCGCGGUUGA